AUGUCGUCAGAAUCAUCAUCUGUUGAUGAAGCACAUAAGCAAUGGAUGUCGUCGUCAUCAUCAUCUGUUGAUGAUGAUGGAGAUGAAGCACAUAAGCAAUGGAUGAUGAAAUAUGGAAUCACAUACGCAAACAGCACUGAGAUGGAGAAACGCAGGAAAAUUUUCAAGAAGAAUUUGGAAUACGUAAAGAAGAUGAACAGAAUUAACAUGGCUGCUGGCAAGACUUACACGCUUGGCCUAAAUGAUUUUUCUGAUUUAACUGAUGAAGAAUUUUUCGCUUCACAUACUGGAGCCCUCAUCAGCAAUAAUACUCCAGAUUUACCACCACCAAACCAGCUUUCCCAACUUUUCCAACGUUUUAAAGACAAGAUAGAGCUACGCAGAGCAGAGCAGACUCUUAUGAGCAUGAGAAGCAGACCACUUCUCUCGCGUGGUUCAUGA